AAAAAAUCUUCUCUAAAGUUUCUAGGAUAAGCAAAAUUUUUUUAUUUUUAAUUUUAGACAUUAAUUUAAUCUACAAAACACCCAAAACAAAUUAAUUAGCUUUUAUCAACAUUUAAAAUAAGCUUAAUUGUAAAUUAAAAUCUAAAAUUAAUUGUAAAUAAGAAAAUUUAUCGUGUAAAAGAACAGACUUCCAAAAAAAAAGUCAGUACAUACGGGGAACUAAACUUCAGUAAAGAGAAAAACGCAUUUUUUCACUUCUCAUUUGUCCAAUAAAUUCAUCAAAAUUCAGUCCCACAGAGGAAAAAUGCGUAUGAAUGCUGGUGUCGAUGUGGAGGAUGAUGAGAAAGGCAAACUUUUCGUCGGUGGUCUGUCAUGGGAAACGACUCAAGACUCCUUACAACGUUACUUUAGCCGAUAUGGAGAAGUCAUCGAUUGCGUUGUUAUGAAAAAUAAUGAAACAGGCAGAUCGAGAGGUUUCGGGUUUGUAACCUUUGCUGAUCCGAAUAAUGUGCAGGUAUGUAUGGAUGUUGUCUUGCAAUCCGGUCCACAUAAUUUGGACGGAAGAACCAUUGACCCUAAACAAUGUAAUCCAAGAACGAUGCAAAAGCCUAAGACACGCGGUGGAUCAUAUCCAAAAGUUUUUCUCGGUGGCUUACCAUCCAAUGUAACGGAGACAGAUUUGCGUAUGUUUUUUGGACGUUAUGGCAAAGUUAUGGAAGUUGUAAUCAUGUAUGAUCAAGAAAAGAAGAAAUCAAGAGGAUUUGGAUUUUUAUCGUUUGAGGAUGAAGCCUCAGUUGAGCGAGUUACAACGGAACAUUAUAUUACAUUAAAUGGCAAGCAAGUCGAGAUUAAGAAGGCAGAACCUCGAGAUGGAUCACAAAAUCAUAAGAUGAAUCAAGAUCCAAAUAAUCAGUCAAUGGGAGGCAAUAAUUGGGGACCACCACCAUCAGCUCAAAUUGGAAAUCCAAUGACAAUGCAAGGACCGAAUAGUCAAAUGAAUGCUGGACCACCAAUGAAUAUGAUGGCUCCAAAUAUGAUGGGUGGAUAUCCUUCAACAGCUGGCUGGGGAUCACAACAACAAAAUUACGGCUAUGGCGGUCCAAGUCCUGCAAAUUAUAAUCAAGGAUGGGGCCCAAGUCCACCUCAAGCCGCUCCACAAGCUCCACCUCCACAUCAAUGGAGCAAUUAUAAUGCUACAGCACAGCAAACUCCACAAGGAUAUAGCUCUGCAUAUGACAUGUACAAUUCCUCGAAUGCUGCGCAAACAGCUGCUCCUGGCUCAGGAAUUUCUGGAGGAAAUUGGAACUCUUGGGGUCCAUUGACAAAUUCCGGCGCAUCUGCCGGAUCUAAUGAAAUGUAUAAUCGUCAAUCAGGAUCGGGAUCAGCUCCAACUGGAAUGGGACCGACUGGAAAUGCAGGAAAUAAUACCGGUAAAGGACCGUCUGCAGACUAUUCUUAUGGAGGUUAUGGCAAUUACACAAACGAUCAGCCACAGUCAUAUGGAGGACCUCCAACACGUUCAACAUAUGGAAACGAUAUAGGCCAAUAUCCACCAACAGGUGACGAUUAUAAAAGAUAUUUAAAUCAGAAUAUUAAGCAAAUAAUUUAAACUGAUAUGAAAGAGAAUUGAGUUAAUUAAUUAAUUUCCCUUUUUUUAUUUUUUUUUUAUUUGUUUUAUAAUCAGAAUAACUUUUACGUUGAUGAUGUAUAUCGAUAGAUAUAUUUAACUAAUAAC